AGAGAGAAAAAACCCCAAUUGGGUUUUUGUUUUUUCUUUUUGAUUAUUGAUAUUUGUAUUGGAUGUUAUUAUAUUAUUGACAGAAAGAUACAAAUUUGAAAUUUGGUGGAAAGAAAAAAGGAAAAAGAAAAAUGAGUUGCUUUCCAUGUUUUUCAUCUCAUGGGAAAGCAGCGAAAAGAACAAAGAGUGGUAGAAGGGAACAGUCUGUUUCGGUGCAUUCUCGUAGUCAUAAACAACAACAACAACAACAACCGCCGCCGCCGCCGACGCAACAACAGCAUCAUCCUGCUCCUCCUCCUCCACGUCCUACGCCUACAGAAAAUCCAAAAGGAAACCAAGUACUGCAAAAGGAAGCAGAAAAAGAGAAAGAGAAAGAGAAUAUUGGGGAAAAGAAUAACAUUGCAGCUCAAACCUUCACAUUCCGAGAGUUGGCAACUGCUACAAAGAAUUUCCGUCAAGAAUGUCUAAUCGGUGAGGGGGGCUUUGGGAGAGUUUACAAAGGCAAACUCGAUAAAACUAACCAGGUUGUAGCAGUGAAGCAGCUUGACAGAAAUGGAUUGCAAGGGAACAGAGAGUUUCUUGUGGAAGUUUUAAUGCUAAGUCUUCUACACCAUCAAAACCUUGUCAAUCUCAUUGGCUAUUGUGCAGAUGGUGAUCAAAGACUCUUAGUCUAUGAGUACAUGCCUUUGGGAUCUCUAGAAGAUCACCUACUAGAUCUUCCAGCUGAAAGAAAGGCCUUGGAUUGGGGAACAAGGAUGAAAGUAGGGUUGGGAGCAGCAAAAGGGCUAGAGUACUUACAUGACAAAGCCAACCCACCAGUGAUAUAUAGAGACUUGAAAGCAUCAAACAUUCUAUUGGACAAUGAUUUCAAUGCAAAGCUGUCAGAUUUUGGGCUUGCAAAGCUUGGUCCUGUUGGAGACAAAUCCCAUGUUUCCUCCAGAGUUAUGGGAACCUAUGGAUAUUGUGCUCCUGAGUAUCAAAGGACUGGCCAACUCACUCCCAAGUCUGAUGUCUAUAGCUUUGGAGUCGUCUUGUUGGAACUCAUCACUGGCAAGAGAGUCAUCGACAACACUCGUCCCGCUAAACAACAAAACUUGGUCGCUUGGGCAUAUCCAAUAUUCAAGGAACCAGCUAGAUUCAUGGAGUUGGCAGAUCCUCUUCUUGGUGGAGACUUUCCUAUAAGGGCUUUGAACCAAGCAGUUGCAGUCGCCGCCAUGUGCCUCCACGAGGAAGCGUCAGCCAGACCGUUGAUCAGUGACGUGGUCACUGCUCUCAGUUUCCUGGGAGCAGAAGACAUGCAUUCGUCGCAGUCUUCGUCGUCAAGUGAUGCCGAUGAAACAAGCAGUCUAUCUAAACCCAUUGAUCAUCUACACGACGUUGAAACAGCCGAGGCACGCCAACGAGCCAUCGCAGAAGCCAUUGAAUGGGGUUCGUCCUCUAAGCAAAAUGCCGCUGCUUCGCGCCCGGGAAGUCACUCUUCCUUGUAAAUUUAAUAAAAACACUCUCUCAUAUUCCAUAUAUAUAUAUAUGCAAUGUGGUAUUUCCCUACGUUAUGUGUUGUAUUCUCCACAAUUUUUCUCUUGUUUGUUUUCAUUGAAAAUUAAAUU